AUGAAUAUCCAUAAAAACAAAUCUAUUUGGUGUACUAUAGCACUAUUUUUAGUAUUAUUCUCUCAAUCUAUCAAUGGUCAAUCAACUGAUUAUUGUGAUUAUUUAAAGAAUGCUCUAUUAUUUUACAAGAUGAAUAGAGCUGGUCGUUUACCAGACAAUGAUAUCCCAUGGAGAGGAAACUCUGUAUUGAAGGAUGCCAGUCCAGGUUCAUCUCCCAAUGCCCAAGGUGACGGUAACCUUGCCGGUGGCUACUUUGAUGCCGGAGAUGGAGUCAAGUUUGCUUUACCAAUGACCUACUCGAUGACCAUGUUGGCCUGGGCUUUUAUCCAAUACGAAUCCAACGUUGAAAAGUGUGGUCUUACCAACUUGUACCUUGAAACCAUCAAGUAUGGUACCGACUAUUUUAUCGCUGCCCACACCUCUGCCAAUGAGUUUGCCGGUCAAGUCGGUGAUGGAAACCUCGAUCACUCUUACUGGGGUCCACCAGAAUCGAUGACCAUGAACCGCCCAGUCUACAUGCUCACUGCCUCCAAUCCAGGUACUGAAGUGGCUAUGGAAGCCUCUGCUGCUCUCUCUGCCGCCUCUAUCAUUUGGAAGACCCGUGAUCCAGCCUAUGCCGCCACUUGUCUCACUCAUGCCAAGCAAUUGCACAACUUUGGUGACACUUACCGUGGAAAGUACUCUGACUCUAUUCCAAAUGCUCAAGCUUUCUACAACUCUUGGUCUGGAUUCAACGACGAAAUCGUAUGGGGUACUUUGUGGCUCUACAAGGCUACUGGUGAUGCUUCACUCCUCACCAAGGCCAAGUCUGACUACAGCACCUUUGGUAUCGGUGGUAUGGCCCAAGGAAACUCUCACGAUUGGGAUCUCAAGGCUCCAGGUGCCGCUCUCCUCAUGUACCAACUCACCAAAGAAGCCACCUACCAAAAGGAUAUCGAAGGCUUCCUCAACUACUGGGCUCCAGGUGGUGGAAUCACCUACACCCCAGGUGGUAUGGCUUGGAUUCGUCAAUGGGGUCCAGCUCGUUACACUGCCACUUCUGCUUUCUUGGCCUCUGUCUAUGGUGGUUCCAAGUACCAAACCUUUUGCAAGAGCCAAAUCAGCUACAUUCUCGGUAACAACCCCAAGCAACAAUCAUUCGUCGUCGCUACUGAUUACAAUGCCGGUUUCGUUGGUGCUCUUGCAUCACUUGUUGAUCCAGAUGGAACUCCUGCUCCAACUACAGCUCCAACCACAGCUCCAACUACAGCUCCAACUACAGCUCCAACCACUGCACCAACCACUGCACCAACUACAGCUCCAACUACAGCACCAACCACAGCACCAACCACAGCACCAACUACAGCCCCAACCACUGCACCAACUACAGCCCCAACCACUGCCCAACUACAGCACCAACCACUUUGGGCUCAACACAAUAUGAAGGAUACUAGAAACAAAAACACUGGUGCCAACUCUAUUUCCUUUGAUCCAAUCAACUGGGGUGCUUUAUACUUUGCCUGUCAAGGAUGUGUCGAUACAUCUGCCUCGACUGCCAUAUCAUUCUACAUUAAUGGUGGAAGUGCCGGUGCUCAAAAAUUACAAGUUGCCCUCGUCAAGAAUGGUAGCCCAAUCAAGACCAAGUCACUCUCUGACCUCAUUGGAAAGAGUCUCCCAGCCAACACUUGGACCAAGGUAUCUCUCAAGUUUACUGACUUUGGUGCCACUGGAUCGAUCGACGGUCUCUGGAUCCAAGACACUAAUGGUGCUCAACAAGCUACAGUCUAUGUUGACGACAUUGUCAUUGAAUCUGGUAAUGGUGCUACUCAAACUCCAACCCCUACCACCAAGCCAACUACCACUCCAAAGCCAACUUGUAAACCAAAUUAA